AAUUAACAAAAAGGAAAGUAAAAUAAUAAUUCUUAAUGAAGACUGCUCCGCAUCAAAGGUUGGUCAUGGUUGGCGAUCGCGACGGCUUAAAAGAGUUAUUACGUCGUCGAUUAGUCGAGUGUGGCUGGAGAGAUCAAGUGAAAUUAAUCUGCAAAGAAUUAAUAAAAGAACAUGGUCAUGAAAUUACUUAUGACAAGUUGCUUUCAAUGGUUACAAGCAAAGCAAGAACACUUGUACCAGACUCUGUUAAAAAGGAACUUUUACAGAAGAUAAAAAAUCAGCUACUUGCUCAAGAAGAAAAAUUGAAAAUGUAAUGAUCUAUAGACUUUUGUUUUGUAUAUGCAAAGGACAUUGGCUGAGACUGAAUACAAACCAUGAUAUGUCAUUUUAAUAUCCAUCAUGUAUUUCUAUUUAAUAUUACAAAUAUCUUUAAUUUAUAAAAUAGGCUAAAAUUACAUAUAAAU